AUGGUAUCCAUCAAGGAGCUGGAUACCCUAUUGACUCUGGCUGGCAGAAAAAAGAGAAAAUUAGAGCAGGAAGAAGCAGAGAGAAAUAUGCAAAUACUGCGAUUCUUACAUAUCUUAAGGAAGCAAAAAGUUGACGAGCUUAACGAGAUACAAAAUGAUCUUCAGUAUAUUAAAGAAGACAUUAACGCAGUUGAGAGGCAUCGAAUAGAGCUGUACCGGGUAAGGGACAGGUUUUCACUGAAACUGCAGGUGUUAUCAGAUGAUUGCUUGGGUGUGAGAUCACGUUCUAUCCAUGAUAGGACAAGCAGUGGACUUGUUUCCAGUUCUCGUAGUGCUCAUGGAGGAGCUACUGGGAGCUUUCAGUAUAAGAGAGGGGAUUCAAAAGCUCAAUUCAGCUCUCCUGCAAACCACAGGAAGGAUGCUUCUCUUAGUGGAUUAAAUACACAGCCUAUGAGUCAAUCGGGCCUAGCUGUAGUACGGAAAAAGCGAGUUCAUGCUCAGUUUAAUGAUUUACAGGAGUGUUACUUGCAAAAGAGAAGGCAAUUAGCCAAGCAGUUAUUUAAUCAAGAAGAGAAGGGUAGUACCAUCGCGCACAGAGAAGGUUAUAGCGCAGGUCUGGCAGAUUUUCAAACUGUACUCAGCACCUUCACGCGAUACAGUCGGUUAAGAGUGAUUGCAGAGUUAAGGCAUGGGGAUAUUUUUCACUCUGCCAAUGUUGCCAACAUUGUCUCAAGUAUAGAAUUUGAUCGGGAUGAUGAACUGUUUGCUACUGCUGGAGUUUCACGCCGAAUUAAAGUUUUUGACUUCUCUUCAAUCAUAAAUGAACCUGCAGAUGUGCACUGUCCUGUUGUAGAGAUGGCAACAAGGUCUAAGCUUAGCUGCUUGAGUUGGAACAAGUACACUAAAAAUCACAUAGCUAGUAGUGACUAUGAGGGAAUAGUGACUGUUUGGGAUGUGAUGACACGGCAGAGUAUCAUGGAAUAUGAAGAGCAUGAAAAACGGGCAUGGAGUGUUGACUUUUCGCGUACUGAACCCUCAAUGCUUGUAUCUGGAAGUGAUGAUUGUAAGGUCAAAGUCUGGUGCACAAAGCAGGAAGCUAGUGUUCUCAACAUUGACAUGAAGGCAAAUAUAUGCUGUGUAAAGUAUAAUCCUGGAUCGAGUGUUCAUGUUGCGGUUGGCUCUGCAGACCAUCACAUCCAUUAUUAUGAUUUGAGAAACACCAGCAACCCACUUCACAUAUUUAGUGGGCAUAAGAAAACCGUUUCAUAUGUGAAGUUUCUGUCCACCAAUGAGCUUGCUUCUGCAUCAACUGACAGCACCCUGCGGCUGUGGGAUGUGAAGGAAAAUUUGCCUGUUCGUACAUUGAGAGGGCAUACAAAUGAGAAGAACUUUGUGGGUCUCACAGUCAACAAUGAAUUUAUUGCUUGUGGUAGUGAAACAAAUGAAGUAUUCGUAUACCACAAGGCUAUUGCUAGACCUGUGACUUGGCACAAAUUUGGUUCUCCGGAAAUGGAUGAUGCUGAUGAAGAUGCAGGUUCUUACUUUAUUAGUGCAGUAUGUUGGAAGAGUGAUAGCCCCACCAUGUUAGCCGCUAACAGCCAAGGAACAAUUAAAGUGCUACUGCUAGCUGCAUGAGUGCGUGAAAUUAAUAUGUUUAUGUGUCCUCACGAAUACUAACAAUUUAUUACUUGUGAAAGUGUCAAUCAACUUGAUAAUUGAUCGGUGAGCUAUUGAUACCAAAAAUUGGUACCUGAUGCUUAGAAAGAAGUUGUACUAAAUAGUUGUUGUGACUCCAGAAUGAUACAAUUUUAGGUGUUUGGUCUUUUUAUCUAUUAUUUUCUCUUCAUCUAACAUCUUGUAGAUAGUUUGAAUAUAAAAGAAGUGGAAUUGCUCUUUUCUU